AUGUUCUCAAAUAUGAUGGCCUCACGGUUCAAACCUGGACAGAAAAAUGAACUACGUACCGCAGAAAAUGGAUUGGCAAACAGCACAAUUCCACCUCCGACAAGUUCAGGACAGCCUACACUUGUUUCAACUAAUGACCAACUCACGGCAUUCCGACACAUGGUUGGCAUCCACUCAACGAGUUGCCUCGCGAGCGACGCAAACAACAACCACCUCCACUUCGAAGGGCGUCCUGCUCCCAACCUCGGCAUAUACAACCGCGUCGUUCACCGCGAGCAGGCCGCGAAAAAGGGCUUCAAAUGGGCAUCGUUCCUGAUCAACGGCGCACUUGGUGUCCAAGUCAUCGUUGCAGCCGCUCUUACGGCUAUGGGCGCAGCGAGCUCCAAUCACGUCGGAAUCACUGCCUUUGGCGCCAUAAACACCGUCAUCGCGGGCUUGCUCACUUACUUGAAGGGUAGUGGAUUGCCGAAUCGACUCCGCUUCUACGAGAACGAAUGGAAGAAAGUGAGGGAAUACAUUGAGCAGAGGGAACGCGAUUUUAGCCGUCCAGAUUGUCGGCUCAAUGUGCAAGAGGUGGUUGAUGCCAUUGAGAUUAUGUACGAGGAGGUGAAGGCGGAUGUCGAAAGCAAUACACCGGAUAAUUACAUCAGCGUUGGGGAUAUGAAGAAGAGGAGGGGUUUCACAAACCCGGAUAUCCCAAAGCUGCCCGAAGUAACAGGUACGGCGAAGAGACUGAAGAGCUUGGAAGAGAAAUAUGGUCCUAAGGUGUUUGAGUUCAUCGAAGGGUUUGCGAAGAAGGAAGAAGAGAAGUUGAAGGAAAUAAGCUCAGUAAUUGAAAGAGACAUUGACUCAGAGAAAUCUCAUCUGGAGCGAAAGGAAAAAGAAAUGGAGCAUGGCUUGGGAGCAAAGCUCCGGGAAUUGAAGGAGGAUUUCCAACGACGGAAAGAAGAAUAUGAGCGAGAAGUCAACAACGGAUUGGGAGGAGUAAGGAAUAAUUUGAAUAGCGUUAAAUCUGGAAUGGAUGCAUAUAGACAGAACAUGGAGAAGGAAAUCGGAACUACCAUGCGAGAUGUCGAGCGAACAGCAAGUAAUACCAAGUCAGGUGUGGAAAUGGAGAUCGAGGAACAUCGACGAAAUUACGAAAGAGGAGUCGACGCUGGCGUGAGAGGUGCACACCAAAGUGUCGAUGCUAUCAAGUCUGAUUUGGAGAAAAGCCUCGAUGAUCACCAACGGAGAUACGAAAGUCAAGUGGUAGCUGGCAUCAAGACUGCCCACGAUGAUGCCAAUACCCUGCAGUCAAGCGUCCAUGAGCGAGAACAGGCUUACCAGAGGGAUGUUGCCAAUCGAGUGAGUGGCAUGGGGGAGAAUAUCAAUGUGGCCAUGUCCGACGCCGCUCGUGGAGAACAAGAGGUUUAUAAUGAGCUACGACAACGAGCAGAGCACCUGUCGAACGUAGAGCGGAGUUUAGGCACAGGGGCCGAACUACAUAACACGACGUCAAAAGAUGAGAACCAACCAGUUGAAGGGAGGAACAGACCUUGA